CUGGGCAACUAUUUCCUGAAAUACUUCCGCGAUAUCGGGCCAAGCAACUAGCAUCCUCUUCACCAUCGCAAGUAUCGGUAUUCCCUUACUUUCCACGUUGAGUUGACAGAGUGGCAUUCAAGUCGCAGCAUACUUAGCGAGAACCACUCUUCUUUCCUACUUUAUCAUAGGAGCAGAGCAAAGGUUGGAAUCAAAGGCUCGAUCCGCCACUUUCAGUAUAUUCCUUGUCCCUUUCACUUUCAACAAUUUUGGAUACCUUGAUCGCGUACAGACAAAUCUAUCGUCGCACAAGAGUCAGAAACAUGCGAACAACUAAGUUUUGGAUCACAGCCGUUGUGGCUUUCGCUCCUCCUACAUUUGCUCAAGUUGGGACGAUCUCGGAUCUUCCACAAUGCGGCCAACAAGCUAUUCUAGAAGCGAUCCAGACCUCGGGCUGUCCAUUAACUGACAUCGCCUGUAUAUGCAAGAACACAGAAUUCGUGGAUAAGCUGGUCGCACAAAUCCCUCAGCUUUGCAGUUCUGAAGACAUUACUCUUACUGCAGACGGUUCCAAAGCUAUUUGUAUGGCGUAUGGAGUAGAGUUGGACCUCCCGAAUCUUUCUGGAGGUGCGAACUCGACCAGUACGGCAACGACAACAUCUGCUGCCGGGUCAACCGUCUCAACGGCUAGCAGUGCAACAGGCCCAACCGACCGCAGUACCAGCGCCGACGGUAGUAGUCGCGCAACAGGAAGUACUACGAAUACUCUCCCCAGCUCAACUGAAUCAGGAUCAAGCGCCACUGGAAGCUCCGCUGCACAGGAAACGGGCAGCGGAGCCAUGGUAAACACUGCUGGACUAUCGACCGUCCUUGCAGUAGCGCUUUUGGGGGUGGCAGCGCUUUCGUGACGAGAAAUGGCACUCUUGUAGCCACUAGAGUAAAUCUGUUUGUACUGCGGAAAAUGGUAAUAACUACUUGAUAUGAGCUGGACGGAACUUCAUAAGAGAGUAUAGGCUGGUAAAUUGGCUAUGUUCGAUUAAGUACAUAACAUAGGCCAAUUCAACUGAACUACGUAUUGCGCGACUCUUUUAUCCAAGUGGUAGUAUAACUUUCCCAUGGUUCCGUGCAAUGAUGAUACACAGUCCGUAACUUAUCGGGUCACCUAUUCCCUGUAUCAAAAUUGAGGUCCCUCAGAACGACAACCCCAGAUCUGGCGAGUCAAAAUGCGUCCUUUAUCAUGUCAUAUCCUCCAAAUCGUUCUUCACAUCCCGCAGCUUUCUCUGUGGUUUUAUCUUUUUGCCGAAACGUCGCUCGGGCGACAUUACAGGUCAAAAAAUUAAGGUUAAUGGUGGCCGGCCUUGAUUUGAGUAGGUCGGAAAAGUAAUCACUCG